GGACUAGAAGAAGAUUGACGUCAAUUGAUUGUCAUUGCCUUUCGAGACAUAACCUCAAAAUUUGGGGAACGAGUUUCCAAAAUUUCCAAAAAUGGCAUUAAUUAGUAUAAGAAAUUUUCUAAAGUGUGGACAAACCAUUAGUGAUUCUAUUGUUUUCAAUUCCAGAAAUGUAACUCUUUCUUCACAUCGAAAAUCAACUACUUCUGAAGCUAAGAAUGAAGCACAAACGUCUAGCGAGACAGAAACGAAGUCUCCAGGUAGUGCAGAUAUUGAAAAUUUGAACAAACAACUUACAGAACUUACAAGUCAGAAAGAUGAGUUAUUGGAUAAAUACAAAAGGGCGUUAGCUGAAGGUGAAAACUUAAGAACACGAUUGACCAAACAAAUAGCAGAUGCGAAAAUUUAUGGAAUCCAAAGCUUUUGUAAAGAUCUACUGGAUGUUGCAGAUGUUUUGAACAAAGCUACAGAGACUGUACCUAAAGAAGAAGUUACCAGCAACAAUCCUCACCUUAAAAGUUUAUACGAAGGUCUCAAGAUGACAGAAGCACAGCUGAUGAGUGUUUUUAAGAGGCAUGGACUUGAAAAAGUGAAUCCUAUAGAUGAAAAGUUUAAUCCCAAUUUCCACGAAGCUCUGUUUCAACAGGAGGUGCCAGGUAAAGAUCCAAACACAGUAGUGAUAGUGUCAAAAAUAGGAUACAAAUUACAUGAUCGAGUUCUGAGACCAGCGUUAGUGGGAGUAUCAAAAUAAAUAAUUGUGUUAUUAUUUUUCUAGAUGAUUUAUUUAUAAGUUUGUAUUAGUCCAUGGUGGUUUUGAUUAUUUCACAAGACAGUACCUACAAUUUUAAGACUUAGUUACAGUGUAUCAUUUUGUAAUAAAAUUUUGAGUAAACUUUUUUAUUGUUAAGUUUU